CUGGACUCCAGACUUUCUGUCGUCUUUUUUCGCUCAGUCUAUCCACUCGCCCUCUCUCCAGACUCCGUCGCCAUGCCUCCUCAGGUCCAGUCCCAGAACCAGAGAGGCCCCAGGGUCCUGCAGGGCGACAUCAGCGCCCUCAGCCCGGCGGUCAGGGAGUUUGUGGAGGCCAACGUGACUCUGUGCCAGCCCGAGUCGCUGCACAUCUGCGACGGCUCCGACGAGGAGAACCUCACCAUCCUGACCCAGCUGCAGGAGCAGGGGAUGAUCAAGAAGCUCGCCAAAUACGAGAACUGCUGGCUGGCCAGAACUGACCCGAGAGACGUGGCCCGAGUGGAGAGCAAGACUGUGAUCGUCACCCAAAACCAGAGGGACACGGUGCCCACGCCCACCGACGGUGGGGUCAGCCAGCUGGGCCGCUGGAUGUCCCAGGAAGAGUUCGACAAAGCCAUGUCUGAGCGAUUCCCCGGAUGCAUGAAAGGGCGCACCAUGUAUGUGAUUCCCUACAGCAUGGGUCCAGUGGGCUCGCCUCUGUCUAAGAUCGGCGUGGAGCUCACAGACUCCCCCUACGUGGUGGCCAGCAUGAGGGUGAUGACCCGAAUGGGGAAGGCCGUGCUGACCGCUCUCGGAAGUGGAGACUUUGUGCGCUGCCUGCACUCUGUGGGGUGCCCCCUGCCUCUCAAAAAGCCCCUGGUGAAUAACUGGCCCUGCAACCCGGAGCAGACGCUAGUCGCCCACAUCCCAGACCGCAGACAAAUCAUCUCAUUUGGCAGCGGUUAUGGCGGAAACUCCCUGCUCGGAAAGAAGUGCUUUGCCCUGCGCAUCGCCUCGCGCAUCGCCAAGGAGGAGGGCUGGCUGGCUGAACAUAUGCUGAUCCUUGGCAUCACCAACCCGGCAGGGCAGAAAAAGUACAUGGCAGCGGCCUUUCCCAGCGCCUGCGGGAAAACAAACCUGGCCAUGCUCUGCCCCACCCUACCUGGCUGGAAAGUCGAGUGUGUGGGGGACGACAUCGCCUGGAUGAAGUUCGACAGCCAAGGCAACUUGCGCGCCAUCAACCCUGAGAACGGCUUUUUCGGGGUUGCGCCCGGGACCUCGGCCAAAACCAACCCCAACGCCAUGGCCACCAUUGUCAAGAACACCGUCUUUACUAAUGUUGCGGAGACCAGCGACGGUGGCGUGUACUGGGAGGGAAUGGACCAGACCCUUCCUGAGGGAGUCACCAUCACAUCCUGGAAGAACAAGCCCUGGACUCCAGAGGAUGGUGAACCUUGCGCUCAUCCCAACUCUCGCUUCUGCACGCCGGCCGGACAAUGCCCCAUCAUUGACCCGCAGUGGGAAUCCCCAGAGGGAGUCCCGAUUGAGGCGAUCAUCUUCGGGGGGCGCAGACCAGAAGGUGAGCAGCAACUCAAUGGAAAGCUUGAAAGCUAA